GCGGGCUAUGGGCGGUGCGGCACGGCCCGGGCCGCAGCGGCGGCGGCGCACAGCGAGGCGCCCCGCCGGUCGCAGCCUGGUCGGGACCGGAGGCGGGUCCCGGUCCCGCGGCCCACCCGGCGCGGCGCCCGCCGGACCCGCGCGGAGCGGCAGCGAGCGGUCCCCCGGCCCCGCCGGGCGCACCUGCCCCGCGGCCACGCCGGCGCCUGGAGCUCGCCCGCGGAGGAGUCCAGACGCCCAGCAGCUCCAAGACGCAGCAAAAGAGCUCUCAGGAUGCCAGAACCAGCAAAAUCAACCUCAGCCCCCAAAAAGGGCUCCAAGAAAGCCGUGACGAAGACCCAGAAGAAGGGUGAUAAAAAGCGUCACAAAAGCAGGAAAGAGAGCUACUCCAUCUAUGUCUACAAGGUGCUGAAGCAGGUCCAUCCUGACACGGGCAUCUCCUCCAAGGCCAUGGGCAUCAUGAACUCCUUCGUCAAUGACAUCUUUGAGCGCAUUGCUGGAGAGGCCUCCCGCCUGGCGCACUACAACAAGCGCUCCACCAUCACGUCCCGGGAGAUCCAGACGGCCGUGCGCCUGCUGCUCCCGGGGGAGCUGGCCAAGCACGCCGUCUCCGAGGGCACCAAGGCUGUCACCAAGUACACCAGCUCCAAGUAGCCAGACAGCCCCUCUGCCAUGGGACCAUCGAGCAGCGGGGCCUCCACACAAGCACAGGUAGGCAGCCAUGGUCUGGAUGAACGGUCACAACUAUUACCCACAGCAAUCCGCAGCCUGGGGAUGGGCGUGAGAAGCUGCCCAAAGGAAGAGGAGACAGCAGGCUGGAUGUCAGCUGAUUUGCAUGAUCUGUUCAGGAUGUGGAAAGGAUUUGUCGAGGCUGGUAGUGGAGGCCCCUGCUUUCACAUCUCAUUCAAAGAACUGACCAACCAUAGUAUAUCCAGUCUCCUCUGUGCUUGGCAAACAUUCAUGGUGGGCACGGGGAGGGGGCGCUGGCAGCAGCAGCACAGAGACACCAUCACUGAAGUCUUCCUGUUUGACUGCUUUCUCACAGUCAUCUGAUAUGGGUACUGAGGAGUCAGCGCUGCAUCCUGUCUCUCAGAGCCUCAGUCCCUCCUGGUGUGCAGUGGCUCAGCCCACCCUGUGCUGGCAGAAGUGGCAUCAACAGCUACCAGGCACAUAUUGAUUCAACAGCUAUCUGUGCUUGACAGCCUGUUUUAAAGAGCAAGCCUGGCAGGCAGGCAGUUGCCCACGUUGAUGGCAAGCACUAAUCCUCCUCCUUUCUCCUGAUGGAUGAGCCAUGGAGCAGGAUGAGGGUGCCGGCACUGGAGCUGCCCACUGCCUCCCACCUUGUGCUGAGGUGGAGGGAUGGACAAAGUGGGAUGUUGGGAAUGGGUCUCUAUCUUUCCUGGCUGCUGCUUUGCCUGCCUUAGGACUUGCUUUGGCAUGCAAGACAUUGCUAAUUCUGCUGCUUUUCAGAGACUUUUCUUGCCUUGAUGCUGCCUGGCUGCUCCCUUCCACUGUAAGUGUGGGCACACUGGGGUGGUGCCCAUGGGGGUCCCCUCUCCUGUGAGCAAUAGGGUGGUGCAGGACAAACAGCACAGACGUUUUGGGCAUGGACUGAGGAUUUGGGAAGGCAUCUGAUGUGGGAGCAGAGGUGGUUAGUGCAUUUUGAGGGGUGGGAGGAAGCUGGCUCCCCGCAGAGAUCGGUGCUAGCAGCUCACCUGGCCCUGCCACCCCUAAAUCAUUCAGCAGUUAGAAAGCAAAGACAAAAUUGGAGGCUGGGUGGAUAUAUAGGGAUACUUGCCUGCAUUCCAGGUAUUUGAAAGAUUAAAUAGUUUUAAACUACUUCAGAUACUCCCCAUAUCUUUUCAGAGUCCACAGUAAGGUGAGCAAUAAUAAAAUCAUGAUAAAGCCAUAGAGGUUAAGGGAGGAAUGUCUUGGUUACAGGUUUAUCUUGCCCAGACUGGUGGAUAGCAGAAGGGCCUGUGUAGAACUGCUGUGAAGUUGAAGCUUCCUACUCAAAACACAAAAUUAUCCAACAUUUAAAAAAAAUCAAAGUCUCUGGUAGGCAGUAACACUCAAAUAAAAAUAUUCAUGUCUAAAAUAACAACAGCUUUCUGCAACUUACUCUGUAAAUAAAAGGAGCAGCAAAGAAAUAGGAUCCAGACCUAAGUGGAGAUUCUCCCUAAGCUUCAAGACCUUGUUUUUAAUUAAAAGGUAAACUCAUAUCCCAAAAUAGCAGCCAUGCAGUACAUUUCUAUCUUUCCCCUGUGUUUACCUCUGUCCUGUUUCUUCACACUUUUAGAGUGAUUGGGACCUUUGACAAAUUUAUGUUGCUUUUGGAGCUGUAGGACUCUGCAGUUCCAGAAGAUUCGCAUUGCAAUCAUUUUUCCAGUUGGUCUGAGGGAAGGACUGCAUAGCCCUGCUCAGAAACCUGAGAGCAGCCUGGGGUCUCCUGUGGUCUCUGUGCAAGAGUGAAGGUCAAUUUGUUUAUGGGCUGCUCCCACAGCCCUGCUUUGGGCGUGAUCACCACACACUUGAAAAGGGGCUUUCCUCCCACGCUCUGCACAGCAGUACCACAGAGCUGUGUUUCAUAGCCUAAUGCCAGCAGGAAUCUCUGCUCAAAGCUCUCAGAAAGAACAAACCCCAGCACCCACAAGAAGCAGCUCCCAGCAGCAGCACAUGUAUUCAGUAUCAGUAGCAUGGGUAACCUGGGCCUCUUGGCCAGGACACUUUGCCAUGACAGCUUAGUAUUUCCUUUUGUUUCCAAUCAAAUAAUCAAAAUCAGACACCAAAGAUUAACCUGUACCUGCAGAGGGCCUAGAGCCACCAUCCUUGAUGCCUCUGCCACAAGGAAUGGAGGCGGUGGAUGAUGCACACUGGGGGACUGUUGGGAAUGAAGGGCUGAAUGGCAGUGCUGGAGCUUUCUUCUUCUGUCUCUGUGAGCUGCAGGUCAGAAUUCAUCCCCUCGGGGAGUCCUCUUGAAGGCAGAAAUUCAGAUUGGAAUGAACCCACUCCAGUCCAAGCAGUGUGUUUGAGCCAGGACACAUCUCCCAGGAUUACCUGGCACAGCCUCUAAACUCUCCCUCUUUUGCACAGAGCAGAGUCCCACUUUAGUCUCCAAGACUGCAAGAAAUCAAGAAAAUAAAAUUAAGUAUUGACCCUCCAGGGUCUCCUGGGGAGCUCAGGGAGCCAAGAACGAGGCUGGACACUUAGACAAGAGCUGCUCACUCCAUACUCAUACUCAGAGUAUUGAUCCCAUUUUUUCUUCCAUUGUUGUCAUUCUCCAUUUUUGGAGAUUGUUUCAGAAAGAGGAGAACCACUGAUUUAAAGCUAAAAAUAUACUUGAAAUCUUAAAGAAGAUUUUUAUAUUGUCUAAAGCCAAGUGACUGAGACUGAUCUUGUCCAUGCAUUUAUAGUUUAGGCUGUCCUUUUAUGCACUAUUUGCUCCUCACUGUCCAUUUGUUUUUUGGUUUUUUUCACUUCCUCCUGAUGAUAUGAAGCACAGGAUUGAGGAACUGAUCCAUAUUAAAACAAACCUUUUUUUUUUUUUUCCUUUCUUUCAAGCUUUGUUUUAAUCCUGUUCUGGUGGCUCCUCUGUUUUGUCACUGUUGUACAGACAUUUGUGCCAGCAAAGGGAAGGGAUGAUCCAGGAAAGAUAAGGCUGGUAAUGAACUAGGACUGACACAGAAAGCAUUUGAGAAGUUAAUAUACAGGACACCGUCCACAGCAGUUAAAUGGGAAUUAGUUUGAAUGUUGAGCUUGGGCUAAGCCUUAAUAUUGGAAGCAAUAGAAGGUGGUCUAAAAGUUUAAGGAUUGAGUGUCCACUAAGUAAUCUGAGGUGUGACAUACUUCACAGUUUCCUGGUAAGGAGGCUUGCUGCAGAAGAUUCUGCACUGCAGGAUCUGUGCUUUUAAAGAAUACAUAUUUCCAGCUCUGGAAUAGAGAAAAUGUUUUGAAACUGAAAAUAAUAUACCAAGCCCCACUGUCCCUACCUCAUUCCUGCUGCAGUCCCAGAAGCAUCUGUGGUCCAUGCCUGUGUUUUGCCAGGCAAAUUUAAAAAAAUUAACUACAGAUUGAAAGUUGGAAAGAAAGAUGAAAAAGGUAAUACAGCCUUGAUAUUAACCUCUUAUUAACCCCAAGGAUAUCACUGCACUGAGUUAUUUAUUUUCAUGUACAAAUUAAAAGAGAAAACAAGCUAUUCUAGAUCUUCUGAUUUUCCACCCUACUUCCCUGGAAGGGCCUAAAGUCCAUCUGCCUCUCACAACAGAGUUCAGCCUAUGGAAGAACUGAGUGGCCACCUGCAGGGAGGCUUGCUCCUGCUCAGGACAGACAGGUUUUUAGUCAAGCAUGGGGAAAACGAGCAGAAACAAACUGGAGGACAAGUGCCUGUCCUGGACAGACACAACUGUGGGUCCCUCAAAGGGACACUAAAGAGUCCUGCCCAGUGGAGUUGUGUGGCCUCUGCACAGCCCUGAGCAUUUGUUCCAUUGUAGCAUUUCCUGACGGUUUACAUCCAGAUCAAGUUGUUUACAGGGAAAGGAAGAAUGGGAACUGAAUAGUAAAAAUCACGUACUGACAGAAUUUGGCGAGUUUCCUGGGACCACCACCUGGGGAGCAAUCUUUCAUGCUUACUCCAUGCAUGAUAUCUUGUGGGCUUAUGUACAAAGAGUUUUUCUGACAAUAAGUGUUACAUCAAGUAUGAUCCAUGUUGUAUUUCUGCUGGGUUAUGACCUUAGUGCUAAUUACCUGCUUUCUGUUAAAUGUCUAAAUAAAAUGUAACUUCCAGCCUGUUGGAAGUCAAUGGUACCCAGCUGUCGGGGUGUCUUUGCUUCUGCUUUAUCACUAGUGUUCCCUAAGACCUGCAUUUCUCCUUCUCCAUGAUGCUUCCUCCAGACCUGGGGAGACACCAGCCACCCUUCCAGCAGAGAUGGAGCACAGCUGAUCCUGACAGAGGGUCAGUCAAAAACCAGAGGAGCCUCACACUGAAGGGAUAUCACAGGCUGGCUCUGUGAGUCCUCAUGGGAAGCCACUCAGCCCAAACAUGCGUGCAACAUAAACAUCUGUUUUUCUCAAGCCCUUCCAAUGAUCUUGUCUCAGGCAGAGCUGAGCCUGCAACCUGUCCUUGCCAUUCCAGCUUGGGGUGUGCUCUGCCUGGCACCCAUCAUUUACCCCCAAACAGGAGCAGUUUGGACUGAACAAUGUGAGAUUCUGUGGCUGAGGAAGUGUUUUAUGCACAUUCAGAAUUUCUGUUGAUCUGAAUUGCUAAUGCUAGAAACAUCUUUUCUUAGACUCUGAGUUUAUAGGCAACAAACAUGGAAUGAGAUACAACAUCUGAAAAUCCCAGAAAGAAAAAGAUCUUCCCUUUAAAGAAUGAUUGGUAAAUACACUCCAGUAAAGCACUUAUCUGCUGGACAUCGGCAUCAUAAUGCAUUCACUGGAGUGGGAAAGGCAUGCUGGACACUGCUGCAGAAACAAGUUAAGACUUCAGCUAUGGCAUAUAACAGAAAUCAGAGCUAAAAAUGUAUCUAGUGUCUCGAAAGAAAUACAAGAUUAACAUAAUUGGGAAAAUCAGUAUUUAGAUUAAAAAAAUCCCAACUUUUAACUACACACCCACAGUACACUUUCAAAACAGGGCUGACACCAAGGUAUCAGGAAGACCCAAACCAAGUUAUAAAAGGUAGAGCAUAACCCUAUGGUCAUGCUUCUCCAGGAUGCUGGGAGAUAACUUUUAAUUAUCCAGUUAUUAUCUAAUAAUUACUGACUGGUUAUUUAAAGACAAUUAAUUGGACUCAGGUGCCAGAUGAAUAUGGCUGUCAGCAGAACCAAGUAAAGAACUCAGGAACAUCAAAAGAAAUUUUGAGAGGAUGAUGUUUGAAUUAAGAGGAGCAGCCCUUCAUGCAAUGAGUAGUCCACCUAUAGGGCCUUUGCCAUUGGCUGUUGAAAAUGCUAGAAUUCAUGCUCGAGGACAAACUACUGGGAAAAAAAUUCUUUAAGUCUUGCUAAACACUUACAAACUAUGCUAAAAAAUAUUACAGGCUGAGAGAGUACAGAAGGGAAGCAACUGUAUGUGUCUGUACUAUCCCUACAGUCUUGUUUGCCUAUUCUGUCACAGCCACAGCUGGAAAGAUUUUGGGUUGGAUGCACCAAAGAGCUGAUCCAGGUUGUCUCCAUACACACAUGAACUGUAAAGAGUUUCAGGCAGUUUUCUUAGGCCUAUGGAGCUUAGAACUAACCAUAAAAGUUUUUUAGUUCACUUUUCUAUGUGGCUCCUGCUGUUGGAAUUUUAAGAGAGAUAGGAUCAGUGGAAGACAUCUUACAACAGGAUUUAUUGCCUCAGCCUCAAGGAGUGAGAACGUCUUCACUGCAUAUGCCAGGAGUUUGUGGUCAGUGGUCAUCAGUGGUCACAAGACCACAGGAUAAAGGGGGUUUUAAAGGUUUAUUAGCUGCCCACACAUAUUGUUUUAACUUUCACACCAAUGGCUAAUUAAACUGUAUCACAUGUCCUGCUGCAAUGUAGACUAUUUCUAUCCAAUAAUCAUAUAGUGACACACAAACUACUUCCUACACCUUAAAACUUCUUAUUACCUUUAUAACUACUUCUACAUCUUAAACUUUAAACCUUUCCACUACUUAGCUUAAUGUGUCUCUGUUUAAACUACAAACUCACAUUCUUACUUAUGGUCUCUAAAUUCGGAAGCCUUUUCCAAGGUCUUGGGUCCAACCCUGUAUUCUCUGCUGCAUUUGGGCCUGCAUGCAUGAGGUCCCAAGAAUUUUCUGUGCCGUGAUUUCCCACAUCCUGGACUUGUUUUGAUGGUUAUUUGGAUUCUGCUACCCUGGCUUACAUGAAAGAUGUUUUGUUUCUAAAACAGGGUUAAUAAACACAGAUGGUGUGAGAAUGAGGAAUGGAGCUUCUGCUUUCUCAAAUAAUGGAAAGCUGUUCUCAAAAACGUUUCUCAUUUUCUCCCUUGAAGCAGUUGGUUAAAAAAAAAAUACACCAUUUCCUACCUUUUCAUGUCCAUAAUGCUAAUUCUAUCCCCUGGCAAAAAGAAAAAAAAAAUCUCUUUCAGAAAUUCAUUCAGAAAAAAAAAAUCCUUACAGAUUUAACUGUCUUCUAAUAAAAGAAGAAUAUUCUAAUAGUAAUAGAAAUGGGAAGAUUGGUAGGAAUGAGAGAGGAAUGGCAAUGGGUGGGUGUGAGGCAGCAGGAGGGGCCAAAGGCAGGAGACUGUGAGUGAAUGCUGCAGGAGUGACAGAUGCUGGUGAACUCGCUGAGGAGCUCACCAAGACUCCAGCUCACACAGUGUGCUGCUGUUUCGGAGACAGGAAACGAAGGGCAGGGAGUGAAUCCUGGUUACUCCCAGGGGUGGAGCAGGAUGGACAGUGUAGUUGCUACCAGAAAAAGUACAAAAGGCACAUCCAGAGCCAGCACAUGUCACCAACUCAAGAGCAACACAGGAAAUGUGAUGCAGACCUGAGGGCAUACCUCAUGCUCAGAGUAAUUGCAGAUUUGGACACACAUAUCCUGCAUGCUGGUCAGGCAGCUUGGAUACAGCCACCUCAUGAGGGUGCUGCUUUAAAAUACCUUCAUCUGCCAAUAAAGAGACAAAGUCACUCUCCUACAGGGAUUUGCGUUCAGUUUGCUACACUGUGGCUGCUCAUCAAUCAUUUGGGUACAUCCAGCCUAGGGGCAGAAAAACUAUCUCAUCUUCUGGGCACUGCUUCCAUUUCUGGGCCAUUAAACCUCCUCCUAAUCAGGUGUGAAGAGCAUUCUUUAUACAAAGUACAUCCGUAUUUGCCAAGACUCACAAAAAUGUCCAGCACAACUUUUCAAAUAAUCAGGAGAUGUUUCUGACCUAAUCUGCCCCAUGGAUCAACACACUCUGAUGAAUGCAAUGCCUGCCUCUGCAAAACUCCGUCUGCACAGGAGAGCUACGAGUGCAGCUGAUACGAGCGCCCCGUGUCCCUUGCACAAAGCUGUGUGAGGCACCAGUUCUAGCCAAGGGGGAAGCCUAGGACAGUAAGGGCUGCCUGAGAAUGCUGAGAGGAAAGUGGUUGCUUUGUUGGGAGGUGACCUUUUUGAGACGAACACGUAUCUCGCAGCUGAUUUCUCCUGUCAUCAAGGUAAUAAAAAGUCACAUCUGAGUAUUGACUUCAGAGAUGCAGGAUCCUCCCAUCUCUUCCACAAACACCCCACAGAUCAUCCACGUUUACUCACACUAAGUCCAGGCUGCUCCCAUACUGACUUGCACUCUGGCCCUGGGUCAGAGCCACACAGCUUUAAGUGGAAAACUCCACGGGUAGAGCAAAAGAAGAGAAUCGGGAUUCAUCGCCCAGGGCCUUUUGCAGCUUGUUUUGUAGUGAAAGGACCGAGACACCUCACGCUGCAGCUGAUCUUGGCUAACAAAAGCGGCUCAGUGGGGUCCGCCAGCAGUCACUGGGCACUUAGCAGGGGAGAGCCCGGGCUCUUUUUAGCCCGAUGAUUCAGCACAAAGAAGCCUUUGUAGCCCAGCAGCAGGCAUCCCGAGCCUCUUCGCAUCACGCCUCUUCUCAGGUUUUAAAUACGAGGGGACAAAAGUUCUUACAAACCCUUGAUUCUGUCAAUUCCCUCAACAGACGCCUGAAAAGCUCUUUCUGGCAUUUAAGUGUCUUUAAAUGGAAGAGAUAGAGCUCAGGGUUGCGGGCACCAUCUCCCUUCCAGAGCCAGCGUCCUCCCCAGCCUGGCUGAUGCAUCACCUCUUGUGAUACCUUAGGGCUGCAGGGCCGGACACUGAACACCCCUGAGGUCAGCAGAGAGCUCCGUGCCACGAGGGGUGAGCAGGAGGUGAGCCAUGCCAAAGGCAGGGUAUCGCAGCAACCAAACGCUCAGCCAUACCUUAAAGGGAUUAGAAGUGCAGAGAUGGCAAGAAGGAUUUUCAUAACAAAAGGCUAAGUAGAUGCAAGUUUGCAAGCAAAAGUAGCUUUCUGCUUUAUGGGAAAGUUACACUUGAUAGAAAGAAACUGCAGGAGGAAGUCUUAUCCCACCCUGCCUGCUGCUGUGGUGCUUGCAGCAUCCUCAGAACCAGCCCAUGCCUGCUGGUCCAGGAAAGGAGCCUUCCCUAGGUAAAGGUAGAACAGAGAGUCAUACUGUAGCUGCCCCAUUCAUGUGAAUGGUCAGUUCAGACUGUUCAGAAAAACAUACUCAAAUUUUAAAAAAUUUUCCUUUUUUUUUUGUUUUGUUUUGUUUCGGUUUUGGUUUUUCUGUUUCUUUGCUGUUGCUUUUGGGUUUGCUUGUUUGUUUUGUUUAUGAUUUACCAUUUCAGUAAAAUUAUUCAUGUUUUCUUCCUGCUGCUUUUCCCAACUGCUUCCCAACACAAUCUCUAGCCCUGCUAUGACUCCUAUUCCUAGCCUGGGACACGCCUUUCUACUCUACUGCCGAGGGCUGGGCAGCUAUUUGGAAAAAAGGAAUCAAGUAAAAUACGUGUAGGAAGAAGCAAGCAUUUGUGAAGCAAAGGAUAACAGAUCAGUACCCUAGAAACUGUUUCUUUAAUAUGAAUGAUCAGUAAAGAAGUUGUGUGACUUGGAGCAGAAAUCUAUUCCCCCGUGGAUGCCAUCUCUUCCAGGCUCCCCAUUAAGUGCACUUUUGCUUUCUAAUAGCUUUGGACAAGAGAUCAGUGAAGGACACAGCCAAGGGUGAGAACUCCUUGGAAAUUAGACACGGUAGUGCUGUUAUUUAAAUCUCUCAUAUAUCUCUUUACCACAGCUAAGUGCCUGCAAUGGA